GCCUGGCACUGCCAGAGCCCAGUGUCCAGCUGCGGGAGGGAGGCGGGACACCCACAGGAGGUCCUGGGUUGGCCGCCGGGACACCCCCAGACCCAGGGGCAGUCAGUCUGAAGGAAAAUCGAGCGGUACGAAAUAGUCUGGAGAAGUAACUUGGAGUGGAAUGCAAGAAAAAUGACAUUACUGGCACUCAUCUUCCUGCUCGCCUUCCUCCCAGCGGAAUCUGCAAGAGGCAGAUACCUCCCCAAGGCAGCAAUCUCAAGCCAUGUGUUCGGACCAGGGCAGGUGUACGGUCUGCUCAACGGGUCGGUUACCGUGAAAUGCUUCUAUCCUCCUACCAGCGUGAACAGACACGACAGAAAGUAUUGGUGCAAGCAAUCAUCCAUGGGCUGCAUAACCGUUGUCUCCAGCAGAGGCUACACUGCUCCAGGCUACCAAGGCAGAGCCUCCAUCACCAACUACCCACAGGAAGAAAACUUCGAGAUUAACAUCACCGGGCUUACGAUGGCAGAUACAGGCACCUACCAGUGUGGCAUUGGUAUCAACGGCAGAGGGCUCUCCCAUAGAGUCAAUCUGGAAGUUACUAAAGGUCCACACAUACCUGAGGGAGCUGAGCUCUUCUACGUGAAGCUGUACAGCACCUUGACCAUGUCCUGCAGCUUUGGGGAGAGCACCGCGAGCAUGAGGAAAUACUUGUGCAAGAUGGAGAAAAGUGGCUGCCGUAACAUCAUUGAUAGUCAUGGGGUCGUUGAUCAGGAGUACACAGGGCGAGCAAUACUGAGCAAUGAGGAGCCUCCAGGCACGUUUAGCAUCGUGAUAACCCAGAUGGACUGGGAAGACACGGGCUUGUAUAUGUGUGGAGUCGGCUCUUAUGGACAGAAUGGAGAAACGAAGGAACUGGAUGUGCAUGUCUAUGAGGAGACAAGUGCUCCUCAAGGAAAGCCUGCAAUAAUUGGAGUGAAAGGAAGUUCAGUAACUUUCACGUACCACUAUGAGGGUCUAGACACAUCCUUAACGAAGUACUGGUGCAAGUGGAGACAGUAUGGGUGUGCUCGGAUCAUAGAUAACACCGGGUUUGUGUCGGGCUUGUAUGAAGGAAGAGUGGCCAUGUUCGACAGCCCAGAAAACAAGUCUGUCACCAUCAUCCUGAACCAGCUGAAGGACAGUGACAAAGGCUAUUACUGGUUCAUGACAGAUGAGGUGAAGGAGCAGCAAGCGUCAACUGAGCUGAAGAUCAUUGAUGGAGAGCCUGGACUGAAGGGAAAAACAGAAGUGGAGGCACAAACGGGUUCACGAGUGAAUUUAACUUGCUUUUAUCCAUGCAAGUACUACUCCUACCAGAAGUACUGGUGCAAGUGGAGCAGCACCAGCUGCAACCUGAUGCCUUCUUCAGACCAAAGGCAGCCGGGGCCAGAUGUUACCUGUGACACCGACAACAAGGUGGUUAUCCUAAGCUUUGACCCUGUGACAAAGGCAGACGAAGGGUGGUACUGGUGUGGAGUGAAGCGCAAUGUCCUCUAUGGGGAAACCAUGGCUGUCUACCUGCAGGUGACUGAAGGAGAAGUAGGAAGAAGUGCCAACCGCAACCUGGACCUCCUCGAUGUUGAUGCCGACAACCACGUUGAAGUCCCCAGCCAAGCUGAGGGUGGUUCAUCUCCCCAAGGAAGAGCCUCUGGUUCUGCAGUGCAAAGCCCAUCGUCAGUAGUCUCUGGUCAAACACACAGUGAAACUAUGGUUCAAGUCCUGGUCCCUGUUGGUGCCGCAAUCCUGAUUGUUGCCACAGCUUUCGCCAUCUUUAAAUACAGACAGCUGAAGAGAUCCGACCUGGUGUCCGUCGGGAGCUACAGGACAAACAUCAGCAUGUCAGACUUUGAAAGCGUGAAGGAGUACAGUGCGAGCAAUAACGCCUGCGUGCAAGAGAGCCAGGAGACUCCGAUAGGAGGGGACGAGUUUGUCACAGCCACAGUCACCCCAGAAAGCGUUGCUGAGACCAAGAAGGCAAAAAGGAGCUCCAAGGAGGAUGCUGACCUCGCCUAUUCCGCCUUCCUGCUCACCUCCAGCAGCGUGGCGCAGGGCAGCGCCGGAGCGGACAACACUGCAGAGCCACAGGCGAGGGAUUGAGAGGCAACCGCGACCGGGACUGACUCUACUAGAGGACCAGAGCAAGGCAUCAGCAAGCAGCAUUGUUUAUUGCUACCACAAUUUGCUAUAGCUUGACUUUUUUCUUUUUUUUCUUUUUUGCUUAAAUUCAGCUUUGAGCAGUGAUUUUAGGAGGAAUCGUAUGAUGCCAAAUGGGGCGUCUGGGCUGGAGGUACAGGUCUGAGUGAGCAGGUUGGACUGGGAAAUGAUAGGAACUCGAGUGGCCUAAAUCACCGACAGCCCCACCAGUGCCCUUCCAACGCGGCAGGCUCUAAAAAGCCAGAAGGCACAUUUAAGAAUAUAACCUCAUUUUUCUUUUAAAGGCAGCUGGAAAACUCUUUAGAACAACACCUCACACUUUCGAUUCCUCUAAGCUUUCUCACCCAGAGGGCAGUACCUGCAGACCAGGCAUGGUCUGAAGUGUUUCUAUACACAAGCAAUAAAGAACAGCACUGGCUUCAGCAGAUCAGGGGCACGCGCAGUCCGAGGAGGGAGCAGGGAGAGCACAGCCAAAGAGGCACAGUGAGGAUGUACUC